AUGUAUGCAUUACGCAGACUCAUUUCCGCCUCUUACAGGGGUAUCGAAAUCUGUCAAGUCGAAGAUGGGGCAGGAAGCUGCGACGAAAGAUGAUCAAGCAAUGAGCGGCAAAAUCCCUGCGGCCAGUUUGCGCAGUUUCCUGCAUGGCGGCACAUCCAGUCUUGUGUCAGCACUGACAACCAUCGCCACUUUCCCAUUGUACAAGACUGUGUUCCGACAACAGCUGCACAACACGGUGGUGCGAGAGGCCGUGGCACAACUGUACAGCGAGGGGUUCCGGAAGCUUUACCGUGGCGUGGCUCCCCCUUUAUUAGUGAGAACGCUCCAGGGCACGCUGCUAUUCGGAGUUCAGGACACCUUGCAACGCAGCGCCUCCAGCCUGGGAGCACAGCAUCUUCCCAGGCCUCUCCUCCAGGCGGCAGCAGGCGUGGGUACCGGUGUGGUGGAAGCGGUCGUGUUCACGCCCUUUGAGCGUGUGCAGAAUGUGCUACAGAACGGCAAAAACGACACCCGCUUGCCAACUCAGUGGAGCGCCGUGUCUCGUCUGAGUGUCGAACCGCUAUCUCGUGGCUUCUACCGAGCCUUGUUGCUCAUAACUGUUCGUAACGCCCUGGGAAGCGGGCUUUACUUCGGUUUGAAAAAUCCAGUGAGAGACGCACUGGACCAACAGGGUCUCUCCCCAACUGCCUCCUCGUUCGUCUCGGGGGCGGUCAACUCCUUGGUUAUAAGCUUGCCCCUGUAUCCUCUCUCGGUGCUGAUAGCCAACAUGCAGGCAGGAGUGGGAGACGAGAACUCAAGGGAAGGGAUGAGGGCAUGUGCCCGCCGGCUUUGGGCAUCGCGUCACCGGAGCGUGGCUCUCCUGUACCGGGGCGGCUCGCUGGUCAUUCUGCGCUCCUGUGUCAGCUGGGGAAUAACCACCGCAAUCUAUGACCGGCUGGAGAGAGGCUCGUCCACCUGAUGCCAACGCACAUCCCGGCUGUGUUGUGUAUGUGAUUGUGACUAUAGUUUUGAACGGGAUACGGCUGCUCUUUAUUACAGAGAAGUGCUGCUUCGAUCUAGUGACCUGUUACUUGGGUGCCAUACAUUUCCCAGCUACUUCUCCAGACUCCUCUGCAUCAGUG